AUGACCCCCAGCUCCUCCCCCUCUGUGUUCUUGUCACAUUGUCCAACAUGGCUGCGUCCAUGGCGAGGACCUGCUGUUAUGUAUCGCAGCAUGGAUCCUGUUUUUUAAAAAGGCGAACCAGUCUUUGCCUCACACUCAAGUCUAAAUUUCACUGUUCCUCGCGUGCACACAACGGACUGCUCUUUUCCUUAAAUAAACGCGGUAUUCUGAAGGACUGCUUCCCAGAAGGCGCAGCGCAGGACCAGCUCCCCAAGCUGCUGCAGUCCGGUGCUCAGACUGUGUACUGCGGCUUUGACCCCACGGCAGACAGCCUCCAUGUGGGGAACCUGCUCGCUCUCAUCGGCCUGCUGCACUUCCGCAGCGCCGGGCACGAUGUGCUGGCUGUGCUCGGAGGGGCCACGGCACAAAUCGGAGACCCGAGCGGGAAAACGCGCGAGAGGGAGCGAAUGUCCGCGGACACUGUGGAAGCGAACACCCACAGUAUCCGGGAGAGCAUCCAGAGGAUUUUCACCAACCACGAAGUGCACUAUCACGACAGCUCCAGGAAACUGGGUACCGUGACUGUGCUGAAUAACCUGAGCUGGUACAAGGACUGGGGCGUAGUAGCGUUUCUGUCGGAGGCCGGAAGGCACUUCAGGAUGGGCACCAUGCUCAGCCGCCACAGCGUGCAGUCCAGGCUGAAGAGCGCAGACGGUAUGAGUCUGACAGAGUUCACCUACCAGGUGUUUCAAGCUUAUGACUUCCACCACCUCAACCAAAUACACGGCUGCAAGAUUCAGCUCGGGGGCACCGACCAGCUGGGCAAUUUGAUGUCUGGCCAUGAUUACAUUCACAAAGUGAGCGGUGAGGAGGUGUACGGCCUGACCAUCCCGUUGGUGACCAGCUCUGUCGGGGACAAGUUGGGAAAGACGGCAGGCAACGCAGUGUGGCUCAACAGAGACAAGACGUCCCCCUUUGAGCUCUACCAGUUCUUUCUCAGGCAGCCUGAUGCCAGCGUGGAAGGGUAUCUGAAGCUGUUCACCUUCCUGCCUCUGGCAGAGGUGGAGAGGUUGAUGGAGCAGCAGAGAGAGGAUCCAGGUAAACGCCUAGCGCAUAAACGACUGGCCGCAGAGGUGACGAAACUGGUGCAUGGAAAGGAGGGCCUUGAAAGUGCAAAGAGAUGCACCAAUGCACUUUACAACAGCAGCGUGCAGGCGCUGGAGGAAAUGAGUGACGAGGAGCUUCAGGAGCUCUUCAGGGAGGCUCCUUUCCACGAGCUGCUGUUGGAGCCCGGUACCACUGUGAUCGAUGCGUGCCGCAGAGCCAGCGCCAUCCCAGAGGGACCCAGAGGCUAUCAGAUGGUUUCAGAUGGAGCUGUGUGGAUCAACCAUAGGCGGGCAGACAAACCAGAGCAGGUACUGAUCCCCAAACUCCAUAUCCUGUCAAAUGGACUUACCUUGCUCAGAGUGGGCAAGAGGAACUUCUACAUCAUAAAGUGGCUCAGUCUCUGAGGCUGUCUGCCAGGACUGGACUGGACCAAUUUGAUCCAUGAAAGGCUGACUGGUAAGGUAGGAGACUGCACCUCUGCAGGAUCAGUGAGGAUAUGUGGAUGGACUGAUAUUUUGGAACAUACUGGGAUUUUUGUGUAGUCUAAACCCAUAGUGAUUGCUGGUAGUUGGCUUAUAAAUAUGUAUAUGUACAGAUGUGUCAUUUAUCUAAAGUCAUGGUAUUAAAUGACGUUGAUUCAAA